GUUUUGUCUCUCCUUCCACAAAAGAGGAUCGGUAACGAUAACGCCCACCUCCUGUAUAUAACAGGAUCGCCCUAGACAUCCCUCAUCAUUAGCAAUGAAGCAACCAAGUAUCCUCCCUAAAGCGUCUCUGCUGAGUCUGAUGUUACUUAGUCUCUCCGCCGAUGUGACGUUGGAAACCCCGACCUACGAUCACGAAGAUCAUGUCACCGGCCGCAAACUUACCUGUAACCGCUGUCCUCCGGGAUAUCAUAUGGUAUCCCACUGCACCGCCCAACGCCAGACCGAGUGCGCCACUUGCCCCGCUCACCAUUUUACGCAGUACUGGAAUUACUUACCCAAAUGCCUGUAUUGCAGUAAUUUCUGCAAUGAUAACCAAAUAGUCAAAGAAGAGUGUUCUCCUACGCAUAACAGGGUCUGCGCGUGCAAAAAGGGGUAUUACUGGCACGCGGAGUUCUGUAUUAAGCAUGCAGAAUGUCCGCCAGGGUAUGGAGUGAAACGACACGGGACAGCUGACAGGAACACCCAGUGUGAGCAGUGUCCGACCGGCUCCUUCUCUACGGGGACAUCCUCCCGGGACCCCUGCAGGAAACACACCAACUGCACGGCUCUGGGACAGCAUCUGGUCCUUAAAGGCACCUUCGAGAGCGACAAUCUCUGCCUUUUUUGCCGGGAUGUCGAUCACGAUGCAAUAGAUUACUUAAUCAGCGAGUUUUUCCCGGCUUUGCUUGGCGAUCGGAGGAGACUAAGGAGAGCAGUAUCACUGCUGCCGGAGUACUGGAGACACAGGCCACCGCAGGGGGGCGUAAGCGACAGCGGGCGAUUCCCCGCUAUUAUCAGAAUAGAAAACGAUCAGCCGCUGAAGACGCCGUCUAGGACUCUGAGGAAAACUGAGCGCCAGCGCCUGUACCGCAAACUGCAAGCGGCUAUGGAGGCACUUUCAUUACUGCAAUACAUGUGUUUUAAUGACGUAACUUUGGACUGAACAUUGGGGUGAGGGGGUUUGAAGUCCCCACGUAAUCAUCAUUACAGAAUGAUUAUUUGGGGAGAGGUUGUGUGUGGGGCCGGUUCUGAUUAGUGGGGGGGGGGGGGUUACACACCCCUAUAAUUAUGGCCAUGGAUGUAUAAAUUCCAGUUCAUGCUUUAAUCCAUCUGUAUUGUUAUAACAUCACAGUUUUUUUGUUAAAGGAAAAAUUAGGCAGCUACUUUACUGGUUUCUUCACAACUAUUUAUUUUUCCUGUUAACUCAGAUGUGAUGGAUCUUGUCGCAUUAGUGUUAAUGUUUAUAAAAUAUUAAAAUUUACCACAGAAUAAUAUUACAAAUAAGUAUUUUUGUGUUGUGUGACGUUCCUCUGCAUACUCUGGCUUCCUUUUGCACUCCAAACAGAUGGAGGGCCCCGUACAUUACAGAUAUGGGGCCCCAUGAGAGCGUACCGCACCACACUGGGCCCUCAACCCAAACCAGUGCAAUUAUAUUUGAAGUUGUUCAGAGCCCCUGUCACUAACUCCCCCCCCCCCUUACGAUGCCCCUGGUCAUGUGACAUUGACCUGACAGAAUUGCUGCCUCUGAUUAAACCAACUGUUAAAAGAUGAUUGUUUGACUUCUUAGAACCUGAUGCUACAUGUGUGUAUAUGCAUAUGAUUUACGAUAUAAUACAGAGAAUGUUAAAAUAAAUGUUUGUAUUUUUAUAUGGAAAACUGUAACGCUGGGUCAGAAAUUAAUCAAUAGAUCCAUUCUGUAACAUAAAGCUGUGUUCUGGUGAUGUCUUGGGUGCUGCUCAAGUCCAAUAAACCUCAACUUUCAAACUUUAA